AUGAACAGCACUAAACCACUAGAAGAGAACAAUGAAACAGAAGAAGACGAGUAUGUCCUUUGCAUCUGGAAGGCAAUUACUGCUUUGGGCUUCUUUGAUCCUAAAGUCCAAUCGCAAGAAUAUUGGAUUCAGCAAACUCUUCUUGACUUUCUGGAGUUGUAUCGACGCGAAACUAUUGUUGAAGUGAUCGCCAACGGUUCCGAGCAAGACUUUGUUAAUAAUUCUCACUACAUUGCGUCCUCCAUUUCGACAAUAAGCAACCAGGAACCCCAACCAGAGCAGUCAAAUGCUUCCAGCAACAAAUAUUACCGCCCUAAGGGAACCAAAAAGUGGUCCACUUGGAACGCGUUAACUCACUUCCUUUCUCAAAAUAGCACUGACGAAGAGCGAGAAGAAUGGGAAGAUAUUAUCAGACAGUAUAACGAUGGAGAGUUGACAACGACAACUGCUCAACUGGCUGCGAUCUGUGCUCGCAUGAACGAGGAGCACCAGAAAAAGCUUGAAGAGAAGGUCAAGCGCAUGAACCAUAUGAUGGAGCAACCGGCUCCUAUGGAUCUAGAUGUUCGUCAGCAGCUUGGGAGAGCUUUCAGACGCGAGAUCAUGUCGGUUAACCACCGUGCUAGCGUGGCCAUGGGAUGGAAUGUCGGCACGCUCAUGUCUCCCCAGUUUGAGACCGAUUGGAUGCUUACUACACCUAUAGUCUCAUCUAGCCCUCGUUUGACCAGAAAGCCUACCAAAAAGAAAAGCACGGUUAAGGACCUCAUGAUUGAACUCUGUAACAACGAAGUCGACAAAAAUUUGACAAAGUUUCCGUGGAAAAGUUUCAAGAGGGUGUCAAACGGUGGGAUAAUUCGCUACAGAAAUGAAACAUUGGGGUGCGAAUUCACGGGUUUUGAUUGUGGCGAAAAGGCAGAUACUGCUUUGUGCCCGAGUGACAUGCCGUAUAAGAGAUGGUCAGAGCUGUAUGAUGCCCUUAUCAAUGGCCAAAUUAGUUUUGAAAAGCUUUAA